CGCUCGCGUGGUGCUCUCCUUCCCAGCGCGCGAUGGUGGUACAGGGCACCGCCACCCCGGGUCGAACCCGCAGACUUCUCCUCAAGCUGCCAGGCGCGACUCUGAGACACAGCAGCGCAGAGAGGAUGACAGAGGGGCGGCGAUGUCAGGUCCACCUUCUCGAUGACAGGAAACUCGAGCUGCUGGUGCAGCCCAAACUUAUGGCAAAAGAUCUCCUUGACCUGGUGGCUUCCCACUUCAAUCUGAAAGAGAAAGAGUACUUUGGAAUAUCGUACACAGAUGAAACGGGUCACUUCAGCUGGCUGCAGCUGGACCGUCGUGUUCUGGAGCAUGAGUUCCCUAAGAAGUCUGGACCGGUGGUGCUGUACUUCUGUGUCAGGUUUUAUAUUGAAAGUAUAUCCUACCUGAAGGACAGUGCAACUAUUGAGCUGUUUUUCCUCAAUGCCAAGUCCUGCAUCUAUAAGGAGCUCAUCGAGGUGGACAGUGACGUAGUCUUUGAGCUCGCCUCCUACAUACUGCAGGAGGCAAAAGGUGACUUCACAAGUAAUGAGGUCACAAGGGCGGACCUGAAGAAGCUGCCAGCUCUACCCACCCAGGCAUUGAAGGACCAUCCCUCUCUGGCUUACUGUGAGGACCGGGUGAUUGAGCACUACAAGAAGCUCAAUGGUCAGUCUAGGGGCCAGGCCAUAGUUAAUUAUAUGAGCAUAGUGGAAUCUCUUCCCACAUACGGAGUGCAUUACUAUGCUGUUAAGGACAAACAGGGUAUUCCGUGGUGGCUGGGCUUGAGCUACAAAGGCAUCUUUCAGUACGACCACCAGGACAAAGUGAAGCCCAGAAAGGUGUUCCAAUGGAGGCAGCUGGAGAACCUGUACUUCAGAGAGAAAAAGUUUUCUGUGGAAGUCCAUGACCCUCGCAGGGCGUCGGUGACCCGCAGGACGUUCGGACACGGUGGCAUCGCGGUGCACACCUGGUACGCCUGCCCGGCCCUGAUUAAGUCCAUCUGGGCCAUGGCCAUCAGCCAGCACCAGUUCUACCUGGACAGAAAGCAGAGCAAGUCAAAAAUUCACGCGGCCCGAAGCCUGAGUGAGAUCGCGAUUGACCUGACGGAGACUGGAACACUGAAGACCUCCAAACUGGCCAACAUGGGCAGCAAGGGCAAGAUUAUCAGCGGGAGUAGCGGAAGUCUUCUGUCCUCAGGUUCCCAGGAGUCGGACAGCUCCCAGACCGCCAAGAAGGACAUGCUGGCUGCCCUCAAGGCCAGACAGGAAGCCCUGGAGGAGACACUGCGGCAGCGACUGGAGGAGCUAAAGAACAUCUGCAUCAGAGAGGCAGAACUUACUGGCAAGCUGCCAAAGGAGUACCCCCUGGACCCGGGAGAAGAACCUCCAACUGUCCGCCGCAAGAUCGGCACAGCAUUCAAGCUGGAUGAACAGAAGAUACUGCCAAAGGGGGAGGAGGAGGAGCUGGAGAGGCUGGAGCGGGAGUUUGCCAUCCAGUCCCAGAUCACCGAGGCGGCUCGGAGGCUGGCCAGCGACCCCCACGUCAGCAGUAAGAAGCUGAAGAAGCAGAGGAAGACCUCCUACCUGAACGCCCUGAAGAAGCUGCAGGACAUCGAGAACGCCAUCAACGAGUACCGCGUCCGCUCGGGCAAGAAGCCCACGCAGCGGGCCUCGCUCAUUAUAGAGGAGGCAAAUCUGGGCUCUGAAGACAGCUCCCUGUCAGACGCUCUCGUCCUCGACGACGACGACUCCCAGGGGACGGUCACCUUCUCGCCCGCGGCCUCCCCCCACAGGGGCCUGCCGCCCCGGCCCCCCUCCCACAGCCGCCCCCCGCCCCCCCAGUCCCUGGAGGGGCUCCGCCACCUGCACUACCAGCGCAGCGACUACGACAAGUCCCCCAUCAAGCCCAAGAAGUGGAGCGAGUCCUCUCUGGACGAGCCCUACGAGCGCAUCAAGAAGCGCUCCUCACACAGUCACACCAGCAGUCACAGGAGGUUCCCCAGCACGGGGAGCUGCUCGGAGGCUGGAGGGAGCGCCUCUCUGCAGAGCAGCCCGGUCAGGACCCUGCCCCACUGGAACUCCCAGUCCAGCAUGCCCUCCACCCCUGACCUGAGGACCCGCGCCCCGCACUACGUCCACUCCACCAGGUCUGUGGACCUGAGCCCCACACGGCUGCACAGCCUGGCGCAGCACUUCCGCAACCGCAGCUCCAGCCUGGAGUCCCAGGGCAAGCCCCCGGGCUCGGAGCACGAGACGGGCAGCCCGGAGUUCUGCCCCGCGGGCACCCGCAGCAGCAGCAACGGCUCGGACCCGCUGGACGACUGCUCCUCCUGCACCAGCCACUCCAGCUCCGAGCACUACUACCCCGCCUCUGCCGGGGGCAACCCCAACUACUCCACCCUGGCCGAGGACUCGCCCUCCAAGGCCCGCCAGCGCCAGCGGCAGCGCCACAAGUCCGCCGGCCAGCUGGGCUCCUCCAACUCGGGCAGCAUGCCCAACCUGGCGGCCAAGAACGGGGUGGGCGGCGGAGGAGGGCAGCACGGGGUCUACCUGCACAGCCAGAGCCAGCCGUCCUCGCAGUACCGCAUAAAGGAGUACCCGCUGUACGUGGACGGCAGCGCGGCCCCGGUGGUGGUGCGCAGCCUGGAGAGCGACCAGGAGGGCCACUACAGCGUCAAGGCCCAGUUCAAGACCUCCAACUCCUACACGGCCGGGGGCAUGUACCGCGAGGCCUGGUCCGGGGCCGAGGACGGGGGCGAGGGCAGCGGCGGGCGCCUGACCCCCUCCCGCUCGCAGGUGGUACGGACUCCCUCCCUGGGCCGGGAGGGCGGGGGAGGGGCGAGCAGGACGGCCGUUUCGGACGAGCUGAGGUGCUGGUACCAGCGCUCCUCCGGGUCGCUGAAAGAGCACAGGAGAGAGCCUGGCGGGUCUGGCGUCUCGGACGGAGGGUCUCCGUACGGCACUCUGCAGAGCACCCCGGGACACCGCGCCAGGAAGGCCAAGGGCUCUGCAGCCGCUUCACCUCACAGCCAGCGGAGUGCCACCCCAUCCAGCGAGCUGGCCGCCACUCCGCCCUGCAGCCCACAGCACAUCCUGAGCUGGCAGAGCGGCUCCUACAACGACAAAUGUUUCUUGGACAGUCCACUGUACUCGGACUUAGCGGACGUCCAGUGGUAUGGACGAGAGAAGGCUAAGCCGGGGACUCUGGUCUGACCCCACCCCCCACCCCCCAACUGCUGCCCCACCUCCACCCCUCACAUGAGCAUCCUGCGAGCUUGGAAGUCUGUGGGCAGAACGUCCCCCCGACCAGCCCUCUUCUGGAAGCACUUUCCUCCCCAUCACACCCAUGCCCUGCUCUGGUCCAUGGGCUUGCCCCCUCCCCCACUUCUCAUACUGCAGGGGACUCUGGGACCCUUUGCCCUGUAGGACUGGACAGCACCGUGAGCCAGGCCCCAGACCUAGUGGCAGGCACCAAGUCCCCCGACAAGCCCACAGAAACCACUGUAUGCACAAACAGGAACCUUCCGACCACUGUGGGAGUUUGUGACACAAAGCCACUAGUCUGACCUCUCAGACAUGAUCCAUCUCCAGCGCAAUACUGAUAUCUCCAUACUGCAGAGUGAGCCCAUCGACUAGCUCAACCAGGAUUAACCUCUCUCUUGUUUUUGACGAUGACAGCACACUCUUUCACCAUUCCGGAAGCUCCUCGGCUCGAUCCAGAGGAUCUGGAAAAGAUAUGGGUUGAUAUCGGGGUUCUUGUAACAGACCAAUACGUGUUUUCUUUUUUUCAUUUUCAUGUUUUGUUUCAUUCAGAAAAAUAGCUGCCAAGACAGAUUUUUGCCAUCUCUUGAAAAUCUCAAACUGUUUUUGAGGAGGUGUUUUCCUACUGGAUGUUGUGCGAGGGUCCGCCUGUCGGAAUAUCCCCAGAUCAGUCUUUAUCCGCCACAGUGCAUCUCCUGAGCCCUCCCACUACCAAAGAUCCGCUAUCCUAAAGGAACACGGGAUUUGACAGAGGUUGACCCUGACCAAUCCUUAUAAGCAGCACCAGCUUUCAAACAGCACAGUGUCCAGGACGUUCCAGACCCCCCUCCUCCCAGUGCUGGAAUCCCUUAGCCGCAACGGUAAUGUUUCUGCCAGAACUGAUCUCUUUGACUUUGCUUGACUGCCUUCUCAGCACUUCACAGUGAAUCCUUCUCCCACUGAAACCGCACAAAGCUGAGGAACAGUGUCUACGUAUGUUUGCAUCUCCAGCUCUCUUAGAAUCGAUGAAAUUGUUGCUUCAUUUAAUUGUCUUGGAGUCACUCAAACCCUUUCUACAUGCCAUUUCCUGUCAGAUGACCCCACACCUAUCAUUUGGUUAGAUAAGACUGCAUUUUUAGGAGUUUCUGGUGUUUGUUCACAGCUAUGAGAAAUUUGUUCAAUCAGAUCCUCAGAUCUCAGCAUUUGCACAGUGGUCCAGAUGCCAAUGUAGUGAAUAAUUAGAUUGUUUAGAGUCCAGUGUUAGUGUUUGAUGAUUAGGGGGGAUAAGUACCCUCAUGAGGAUCCUUGUCUCAGGCUAUGAUAAGUGCCCAAGUUCUCUCUCCGGAUCAACAGAAGUGCCAGUCCACUAUGGUGCUCUAUCGCGUGCGUGGCCUGGAACAGCCAUGCAGCAGCUACUCAACAAGCCAACAGUGCUGACUGCCUAUAAAUACUCAGUCUGUACGUAAACAAGAGGUUGUGUUUUCUCCACAUACGCAAAAGGUUACCAGUUAGUGCAGCAUGUUUUUUAAGUUGCAGCUCCAUUGUGCAGUGUCCAGUCACUGUAGCACAUUUUUCAUUUGCAGCCCCAUUGUGCAGUGUCCAGUAAUCAGGAAAAGCUUGUGACCAUAAUUUAAUCAGUGGUUUAUUGGUCACCCCAUUCACAAUGUAAUCUACAAUGUUGCCACAACCCAAAAAGGUUGUUGAAGCAUUCUCUGUACAAAGACCUCUGGAAUAUGAACAGAGGUGCAUUGAAUACAAGGCAUGCUAUUGCAACAAUUAGGACUAGAUAAUGUUAUUGGUAUGAAAUACACAGAAUGGAAAGAAAAAGAAAGACCUCAGAUCCUGCGGUGCAAGAUGGCAAAACGGUAGAAUAACAGUUGACUACAUUUGGGACAUAAAAUCCACAGAAGUGUCUCACUAAAAACAAAGCUGUCUUUACCAAACAUUGGUAGGACUAUGAUGGAUCAGGGUGCUGUCAUUAAAAGCAUAAAAAUAAAAAAUAGCAUGUUGUAAGUGAACAGACUGAGGGUCAACAAUAUUUCACAGUUUAAAAUAUACUACAGUCCAGGGAUUUCCAACCCUGGUCCUGGAGUACCCAUGUAUAUGCUGGUUUUUGUUUUAACUGUAAUUGCAAAUUCCUGAAGUAUGAAGAGUUAUUGUUUUUGAUAUGUUUAAUGUCUGACAACAGACGAUUUACCUCACUAAAGCCACAUUGUGAAACACUCAUUUUAAAAGUAAUGAAUAUUCCGUAUUCAGUUAAGGGCUUUUAAUCCACAAGAUUAGUUCUCAGGGGACUAAUUUUUUGUUUUCCGUACCGUUUUGUGAUAAAGGUUACAUUUUGUAUUGUUUAAUGGGCCUCCAGAUGAAAUCAGUGAAGGCCUAGAUGCUUAAACUGAGGACAUCUAGUAUUUGGAACUAAACCAUUAGUGGAAAAUGAGGAGUUAAAAGAUGAACAAAUUAAAAUGAGCUAAACCCAGUCUGUUAAUCUAUUUAAGAACAAAAUUGUGGAACUAAAACCCUUGUUUUCAACAACCUUAGCUAAUCAACAGAUUGGGUGGAACAAUAUGCACCAUACUCCUGGACCAGGCUUGGAAACCUGCUAUAGCUCUACAUGGAGAACUUAGCACAUUUUUGUAUGGAAAAAUGCACUUCUGCAGAGACAACAUUGUGAAAAAACAGAAUGUGCAUUUAUAUAAUUGUUUUAACAAAGCUGAGAGACUUGAUCUGUGGGGUGGGGAGUCUGCAAUGUAUUAAAAGUGACUUUGAGGGUUUGAGCUGUUGUAAAAAUAGCUUGCUUCUGUACUUCUUCAGUUGAGGGUAAUACUAUUCCACUGAAAACACAGGGUUUUACACAUGCUGAGCUAUGUGGUAUUACAUGUGGACUUGUUGGAGGUUCUUUAUAGCAUCAGCUAUAGAAGAGGAUAAAUGGAGAUGUGUGGACGCCAUACUUUUGACUUUCCUUCCGCCACAUGUACCGCAUGUACACACUUGCAUUUAAUUGAUAUUUUAAAAAGUGAGGCGUAUUAAAAAGCACACCAUUCAACCAAUCAAAAUGGUCGACAUUAUAUGGCGUGUGAUGAUGCUAUAGGUUGAGAGUAGGGUUUGGUAGUCCGUGGAGCGUUUUCCUCCCCUACCGUUGUGUACAGGGUUGCUGUAGCAAUACAGAACACAUAACAAGGAUGAUAGCAUAGCAGGUUUCAAAUUUCACUGUUAGAAGCUCUGAGGACUAGCUCUGAGCAGAUGAAAUUACAGUGAAAGUAAUUGUAAACGUAACACUAUUCCGCCCCAUUUGUCCAUAAAUUCCCAGAUUAUUGUCAGUCCAUAACUUCUCAGUCCCUCACAGUAUAUUGGUGUGCUGCUGUUUGCUAUUCAUUGACAUUCCACGUGUGGUAAAUGUGAAGAGGUCCCAUUCAUUGUCCAAGAAGGACAUUUCCUUAUUCCUCCCAAGCAUGUUACAGAGGUACAUUGUGGAUCCUGGAACAAAUCGAUGAAAAUUACCGUCUGUUUUAAACGGUGCCCUCCUGUCUGUCCAUAACCCUGUGGUAAUUUAUGAUAAUCAAACCCGAGAAUGUGUGUCGUACCUUCUACCUACUCACUAUCGCAACAUUGCUGUACUUAUUCAGAAUAAAAGUAACUUUUUUAUAUUUAAAGAAGAAUAAACUAACACAUCCAUCGUCAUUUACAGCAGUGAAAGGCAGUCUGUCUUUAAAAAGAACAUUGACCGUUGUUUUAUUGAUGUCCAGUUAUUUUUAGGUAAAUCCGUAUUAGAUUUUAGUUCAGGCAUAGUAACAACUCUUUCAGGUGCUACAGAUUGAGGUGUGGAAUUUCCUUUACUGUCAUCAAUAAUCAUAAUAUCAGUUGUGCAUAAUGAAGGACAUUAGUUUUAAACUAAAACUCUCCCUCCAUCUGACAGUACAGCAUGUAUCAGGAUUUUGUUAGGUUCUGUUCAACUGUAACCAAACAAAAGCUAUAUGUUGUAGAAAAAAGAAAAUGUGGAAUUGUAACAAAAAACAAAUUCCGCUGUUAAUUUAUUCUUUUUUUCUAUUAAGAAUUUGUAUAGUAACUUUACAUUUUUUCAAACUGUGUUGUUGGCAACUGAUAAUGAAUUUUUCCAGAUGAGAAAACUUGGUGGUUCUUGAGAUUAUGAAAAUAAAUUAUUGCUGAAUGUUCUCAAAAUGGAA